AUGUUUGUCAGAUCAUUAAAAUCUAUGUCCCAUAGUGGGACCAUAGCUCGUUGUGGAUCCCUGCAGCUUCGAGCUCAAAUCCACAACCAUAACCUCUCCCCAAAUUUGGUAAAAAUGCAUUCAGAAUUGAAGUUAGAUGAAUUACAAACAGAUAAUACUCCUGACUAUGUGAGAUUAGUCUUGCGCUCUCCAGUUUACGACGUCAUUGAUGAAACUCCAGUCAAUACUGCAGUGGGUCUUUCAUCUCGUCUGAAUACCAACGUUCAAUUGAAAAGAGAAGACCUCUUGCCAGUAUUUUCCUUUAAGCUACGUGGUGCUUACAAUAUGAUCGCCAAACUAGAUGAGAAUCAGAAGAAUCAAGGUGUCAUUGCAUGUUCCGCUGGUAACCAUGCUCAAGGUGUCGCUUAUGCGGCAAGACACAUGAAUAUUCCAGCUACUAUUGUAAUGCCAGUUUCGACACCUUCUAUCAAGUACCAAAACGUUUCUAGAUUAGGCUCACAAGUGGUUCUGUACGGUAACGAUUUUGAUGAGGCAAAGGCAGAGUGUGCUAAGUUAGCUGAAGAGCGAGGAUUGACUAAUAUCCCACCUUUUGACCAUCCAUAUGUUAUUGCAGGACAAGGUACUGUUGCCAUGGAAAUUUUGAGACAAGUGCAUAACUCCCUCAAGAUUGGUGCUGUUUUCGUACCGGUCGGUGGUGGUGGAUUAAUCGCUGGUAUUGGUGCCUAUUUAAAGAGAAUUGCUCCACAUAUCAAGAUUGUUGGUGUAGAGACUCAUGAUGCCCCUACGCUAAGUGCAUCCAUGAAGACCGGUAAACGUGAAUUGUUGAAGACCGUUGGUUCAUUUGCUGAUGGUACUUCUGUUCGUAUCAUUGGUGAAGAAACCUUUAGAGUGUCUCAAGAAGUAGUCGAUGAAAUUGUUCUUGUGAAUACCGAUGAAAUCUGUGCAGCUGUCAAAGAUAUCUUUGAAGACACAAGAAGUAUCAUCGAGCCUUCUGGUGCUUUAUCUGUUGCUGGUAUGAAGAAAUACAUCACUCAAAUCCAUCCUGAAAUUGAUCAUUCAAAACACACUUACGUACCCAUUCUUUCAGGUGCCAACAUGAACUUUGACAGAUUGAGAUUUGUCUCGGAGCGUGCAGUUUUAGGUGAAGGUAAGGAAGUAUUCAUGCUUGUUACCAUCCCAGAUGUUCCAGGUUCUUUCAAAAAAUUACAAAAAGUUAUACAUCCAAGAAACGUUACGGAGUUCUCUUACCGUUAUAACGAACAUCGUCAUGAAUCUAGCAGUGAAGUUCCCAAAGCUUACAUCUACACUUCUUUCAGUGUUGUAGAUCGUGAAAAGGAAAUUAAACAAGUGAUGCAACAAAUCCAUAGUUUAGGUUUUGAAGCGGUUGAUAUCUCGGAAAAUGAAAUGGCUAAAUCUCACGGUAGAUAUUUAGUCGGUGGUGCCUCUAAGGUACCUAACGAAAGAGUCGUUUCGUUUGAAUUCCCCGAAAGACCCGGUGCAUUGACUAAAUUUCUCUUGGGUCUUGGCGAGUCAUGGAACUUAACAUUGUUCCACUACAGAAACCAUGGUGCUGACUUGGGUAAGGUACUUGUCGGUAUUUCAGUACCACCAAGGGAAAACUUAACAUUCCAAAAAUUCUUGGAUGAUUUAGGCUACAAGUACGCUGAAGAAGGGGACAAUGCCGUCUACCAGAAAUUGUUGAAAUAUUAA